AUGCUGGACGGAGAUUCAACGAUCUAUGCCCUUUCAACAGCUCCCGGUCGAGCUGCCAUUGCCGUGGUGCGAGUUUCUGGCCCCGCCUGCGCCCAGAUAUACCGAGCAUUGUGUCCCAGGGCUCCACUUCCACGGCCGCGUGUUGCAGCUGUGCGUACCCUUUAUGAUCCUACCCAAGAUAUUUCCUCCGACAGCAGCAUCCUCGACGCCGGGGCCUUGGUGCUCUAUUUCCCGGGACCGAAGACUGUAACCGGGGAGGAUGCCCUGGAAUUACAUCUCCACGGCGGACCGGCGAUCGUUAAAUCAGUUCUAACGGCCAUUGGACAUACGAGUCGAUCCGAGUCUCCCGUUCGCUACGCGGAAUCGGGGGAGUUCACCCGUCGAGCUUUCUUAAACAAUCGGUUGAACCUGCCACAGAUCGAGGCGCUGGGCGAUACAUUGGCUGCGGAUACGGAACAGCAGCGUCGUCUUGCUGUUCGAGGGACCAGCGAUGCUCUGUCCAAACGGUAUGAGCAAUGGCGGCAGCAGCUACUCUACGGACGUGGAGAACUAGAGGCGCUGAUUGACUUCUCCGAGGACCAGCAUUUUGACGAGUCGUCCGACGAAUUACUACUCUCAGUCGCAUCACAGGUGCAAGCACUCCGCGUCCAAAUUGGAUUUCACAUCCAGAAUGCGUCGAAGGGUGAGUUGCUACGCCAUGGAAUUAAGGUGGCCCUGCUGGGCGCGCCCAAUGCCGGCAAGAGUUCUCUUUUGAACCGAAUUGUGGGCACAGAGGCAGCCAUUGUCAGCACGGAGGAAGGAACCACCCGGGAUAUUGUGGACGUUGGCGUCGACCUAGGAGGCUGGUACUGUAAGCUGGGUGAUAUGGCCGGGAUCCGGUCCGAAUCCGGCCGUGCAAGCAGGCAGGGCGCCGCCGUAAUUGGGGCGGUCGAACAGGAGGGGAUCCGACGUGCAAAAGCUCGAGCAUUGGAAUCGGAUGUGGUUAUCGUAGUAGUUUCCCUGGAGAAGGGCACCAACGAUGCUGCGCAGUAUCGGGUAUCCGUGGACCAGGACGUCAUUGAUGCUGCCAAUGACUGCGUGCAGGCAGGCAAGUGCCUCGUCAUUGCUAUUAACAAAUGCGAUCGAUUACCGCCGGUUGAUCGUGUUGACCAGCUGCCGCAUCUGGUCGCGACAGUCAACACGCUUUUCCCGGCCGUGCCUCGGAGGCGCAUCUUUGGCAUCUCUUGCCGUGAAGUGCAAGAAGGGUCCUUGGUCAGCCAGGAAGAUCCAGGCUAUAUACAAGGAUUUCUUCAAGGAUUAAUCGCUACAUUCGAGGAGAUUGCCUCUCCGCUAGGCAUUUCAGGGGACGAGAAUGGACAAUAUGACCUGUCAUACUGGCAAGAUUCGCUGGCCGUAUCUCAUCGGCAGAGUUCUAAUCUACAAAAAUGCACGCAACAUCUAGACGAUUUUCUAGCCCAAGUACCCGACCCUCAAACGCCACCACCUCCUAGGGGUCCUCAUGAUCACCUUAGUCCUCUCAAGGCAGACGGGGACAUCGUCAUCGCUGCGGAACAUCUGCGGUCCGCGGCCGACACUCUGGCAAAUAUCACCGGCAAGGGACAGAGCGGAGAUGUCGAAGAUGUUUUGGGGGUCGUGUUUGAAAAGUAG